UGGCAUGAGGGUGAUGAGAGAACUUUCAUUUUUUGGGUGAACUGUCCCUUUAAGAACUUUUAUAUUUGUCAGUUAACAUGCCAAAAAAUAUAUUUCUUUUUACAUGUAAGAACAGUUAAGGUGUUAUUAAUGACUUACAAUAUGAUUUGAGAUGAAAACCAUCGUGUUAUGAAUUAUUUAUGAGGUUAAAUUCAACAAAUGCAAAAGGUGUUUGUGGAUUCUGAACACAAUAGGAGGGUUAAAGCGAGUUCUUCUUCAUUUGGAGUUUUAGUACAGGUCUCAGCUCGCCAUCUGUCUAUGGGAGUGUGACCUCACACCUCCCAAAUCACACGUGCCAAGUGCAAGGCGUGAACACACCGUUUGGCACGAGUGUGCGCAUGUGAAUUUAAGGCUGCAGACUUCAGUUUGAGCAUCAUUCCGAUCAGAAUCACCAGCACGGACUUACAUCUUCAGCUCUCUGCUUCUGUUUUUCAUGGACACUAUGGAGGGAAUCACUUUCACAAAUGGAUUCAACUCUACAAUGAAUGCAAAGGAUGCAACGCAGCCCUGGAGACCCUGGAUCAGGAAAGAGCAUCAUGCACAGAAUACUGCCACUUAUUCGCCCUGUGAAAAACCAGCUCGAAAUUCAACUGAUGUACAACAGUUUAAACUCCCUGUGAUCACACACCCUGUAAAGUUAUUCUGGCCCAAAUCUCGAUGUUUUGAUUACUUGUACCAGGACGCUGAGAUUCUCUUAAAGAAUUAUCCGGUUCAGGCCACCAUCUGCCUGUAUGAGGAGUCAGACAGUGAUGAAGAUGAGGACGAGGAUGAGAAAGACCUCAACUAAAGGCCUAAAUCACUCGACCUGCCUUUAUUUAUAGACUCCAAAUUCUGAUUUUACUUUAUUUAGUCCAUUUUUGUAAAUCGCUGCUGUAUAUAAGUGUGUACAGAAUAUAGGUUCCUCUGGAAGUUAAAUGUAAAUAUAUUCUAUUUUUAGUAUUUAUGAUAAAUUAUUUUACUCCCAACUGUAACUUAUUUCCUCGAAAUAAAUAUGCGA